AUGGGUAAUAAAGCACCUGUGUCCGUACUGACAGAUGGGGGUAAGGCGAUGCGAGAGGCAAUCAGAAGAGUAUUUCUAGAUGCAAGACAUCGAUUAUGUAAUUGGCAUCUUGGAAAAAAUGCUGUUUCAAGUGUUCACAUAAGUGGCUUUGCACAUGCUUUCAAGCAGUGCAUGGACAUGGAAACGGAUGAGACAAAGUUUGAGCAUGGCUGGACGACAAUGGUCGAAAAAUUUGGACUUCAAACCAAUAGUUGGGUGUUGGAGACAUAUGAAAAGCGUCAUAUGUGGGCCGAGGCAUAUAUGCAUGGACAUUUCUUUGCUGAGAUGAAGAGCACUCAGCGCUCGGAGAGUGUGCAUGCUUAUUUCAAUGCCUUCCUCCAACACAAAUUGAAGCUAUAUGAAUUUGUUAGGCACUAUGAUCGGGCUUUUGCAAGGAUAAGGUAUAACGAGGCUAGAGAUAAUGCUGAAACAAAUAACACUUUUUCGAUGGACAAGGGCUGCAAGCAAGGAUGGCUAGCAAUGGCAUCAACCCUCAAUUGA